UGGAGCUCUUUAAACAAUGACAUUUAUCAGUGGCUUCAGGUUGAUCUUGGGACAUAUACCACAGUGACUCGCAUAGCGACUCAGGGUAGAAGUGAUAUGUACGAAUGGGUUACAAAGUACAGGUUACAGUACAGUGAAGACGGAGUGAACUUCCAUUUUUACAAAGCACUAGCUCAAGAUUCAGCAAAGGUACGCCCAAGUAGUAUUCUUCUCGCCUCAUUUUACGUAAUCCGGAUAAUUCCGGAAUUCGGCAAAUUUUUGCUUAAUCCGUGAUCCGGCAAGACGGUGAUACUUGUGGAAUCCGAAACCCUGUUAAGAGGGUCUCAAUGGGGUGGUGGCCUUUACGGUUAUCGGCUAAAAUUUUGGCUCUUUUACGGCUAUCGGUUAAUUUUUUUCAGUUACGGUUAACGAAAAAGUUAAAAAUUAACUUCUUUUGUUUCAAAAAAUUAAAUAUUAAUUAACCUAUAUUUUUUUUGAAUAAAGGUCUUCGGAUCAUCUCGGGAUGAAAUAAGCUAUUCUUUUGAAAAAUUUUAACAUUUGAUAGAUCAUACUUUUCAUAAAGUAUUCCACUUCUAAUAUUAUUUUACACUUAGAAAUGUCAACAGUCAAUUUAAAAAUAAUCUUUGUGAAAAAGCAAAAGCAGACACGCGAACGCCCAACUCAAGGUCGGGGCGUGACAUUCAUUAUAACAGAAAUGGCCGUUUUCACACUAGAGAAAGAUUAUUCGUGUGAGAUGGGUUAUCCCUUUGAUGAUUCGCGUCAGAUAGCUAAUACGUCUUAGUUUGAAAAGGGAAUAGUUUUAAUUUUGAAUGAACACUCCGCCUGACUUUUGAACACGGGAUUAUCCGUUCCAGAUAACCUGUGUACAGCCGUCCCAUCCACUCAGAAAAUUUCGGAGAAGGGAUGUCUGUGGGGAGGACGCGACUGUACACAUGCUAGUCUCAGACGGAUGAUCCAUUUCUAGCUCUAGUGUGAAAACGGCCAAUAACAAAAUUCCCGUGUCCAGUGUUUUUAAUGAUAGUGAAGGACUGUACGGAACCACUGUCUGCCAUUGCCUUGUCCGUAGGCCGCAUUAUUCCGUGCGGCUAAUGCGUUUCGGGUCACGUGGUCCGAGCGAGUUCGCCGGACUUAAUUAGGUACCUUAAGAAGAUUAUUCAUCCUUUUCGAAACAUCGCUGAUUGCGCGCGUGAAUACGGUCAAACCUCUAUUUAACCGCCUCCUAUUACGCAGUUACUCUCUGUUGCCAAAAUCGUCAGAAAAUCGCUGUAAGUAGAAACUCUGUUAAGCAUUACCUAGGUCUCCUCAUUGAGGGUGGCACCUUACAACUGGCUAGACUGUAUCUUAUCCCACUUAUAGCGGAGCUGUCGCGCGCUUUGGUUGCACCAUCGGUACGAAAAUUUGGUCAGCUAUGCAUCCAAGAAAUUUCGGUUCUGACAAAAUUGUCUGUCCGUACGUCGGUCCGUAGGUACGUACGUCCGGCCCUUCAUGUUAGCGGAUAUGGAAUGUCUUACUUUCUAGCUUAAAAUCCAAGGUAUAUACGAAUUGUGUUUAACUUGAUACUGGGCAUCCAUGUUGUUAUCAAUCGACAGCUAUUAAAAUAAGGUAUCUGCUGACUAGUGUCACAUUACUGUAUCGAGGGCUCAAAUGUACAACUCGGUGAGGUAAAGUUUUCUUUUUAAGUUCUCCGCCUACCAGAUAUGGUAUUCAAGUGAUCGCAGGCUCAGAAAACUUGACUUCAGAAAGACUUUCUCUUAAAAGUUCCCACGAGAGUUUUGCUUUUGGCCUGGGCUAAAUCUAUUUAGUAAAAUCCAACUAGUUGUCGAUUAUCAAUGCUGCGUUCUGGUUGGUUGAGCUACUACUAACUUUAUGUUCCAAAGUGGGAAGAUAGUAUGACUUUUCGAACAACCAACAGAAUUUCCUUACAUUUAACAUAUUCUGCUUGGACUUUAAAGUGUUACCCAAGAUACAACUACGUGCGUGAAAUUGUUUUCUCUGAAUCACUGCAGGUUUUCCUCGCAAAUAAAGACCGUAACACCAUUGUUUACAACAUUUUGAAUCCACCCAUUACAACGCGCUUCAUUCGAAUCAAACCGAUGGAGUGGCGUGGACACAUAUCCAUGAGGAUGGAGAUCUACGGUUGUCCAGGUAUUCAAACUUACAUUGUUCGCUUACUUGCACAGUAAGACUACUUACAAUAGUUUGAAUCCGGUGCUGAUUGCAACACGCUCCAUUCAAACCUAACCGCUGUAGUUAUGCUACCACAUCUCCAUCAGGAUGAAGAUCUACGGCUUUUUAGUCGUUCAAGCUUCAGGCACUGUCCACAUAACUAGAGGAUGGCUGAAAACACAUUUUUAGGUGAUUCGAUCGAAAAACGAUAGUAUCCGGUUACCAUCGGCUACACGAAUUUGCAAAUCCGUUGAAUCCGAGACGAAACUACAGUGUGGAGGGAUUUCUAAAAGAUCCCGUUUCCGGUUAGCGGAUUUGCUAAUUUCGUGUGGAAGGAAGGCCGAUUCGUGUAAAAAAAAUGUGGUUUAAAAAAUAUCCGGGUUCUUGUGAAUGGGGCCGUCCUUACAUGUACGCUAUACUGAUGCGUUCUGACUGAACGAAGCAGCUGUCUGUGGCUGCCACCAGGAGACAUGGCGGUGCGCGUGUUGUUGGAGUGCGUCACUUUCCUUGGGCAUUGAUCUUGCAUCACUACCGGUCCACUAUCUGCUUACCAGAGCCGUAGCUAGCGGGGGGAAAAUAUCCAGGGAAACCUAAUCCGACCAAAUCAAACAAAUCUAGGUUGUACGACACUGCUUGAUAUGGAAAAUAGAACGAUCCCUUAUUCGUGGAUAGCCACCUCGUUAUCACGUGAUAACAAACACAUUGCUUGGGUAACCUACGUGUAUAAACGUUUGUUGAGUAGCCCGGGAGUUUGAGAGAGUGGCUGGAUCUUGCUUAUUUGGGAUUUCUACAGAAAGGGACCAAACCAUGCCUAAUUAGCUAGGGUAUUAAGUUUUUUUGAUGUUUCUGCCUCUAAAACAAAUCUAGGCUGUACGACACCGCUUGGUAUG